AUGGCCUUCCACAGCUCUGGUUUGAAGAGGAAGCAACCGUGGCGUCCAUCGAUGCUGGCGUGCUCACCUGUCUGCAUGGCCCUACUGUCCCUCCUCCUCGCUCCAGCACUUGGACAACUGGAUCUCAACCGAUUGGAUGGAGAUACCGUCUGCCCACCAAUGAGAAGCGGACAAGAUGACCUUCCAGGUUUUGAUCUGAUCACACAGUUCCAGUUGGACGUGAUCCCACUGAAAGGCGUGAGGAAGGUGGACGGCUCCACUUCCCACCAGGUGGCCUACCGCCUCGACAGAGAGGCCAACUUCCAAAUUCCAACCAUGCUGAACUUCCCUCGCGGCUUCCCUGAUGAGUACUCCUUCAUGGUAACCUUCCGCAUGAUCAAAAAUACUGUGAACAAGGUGUGGAACGUCUGGCAAAUAGUGGACGAAGACGGCCAAAAGCAGGCCGGAAUGAGGCUGAACGGCGACCAGCAGGCUCUGGAGUACUUCCUAAUGGGCGCAGACGGCAACCUCCAGACGGUCACAUUCCCCGGCCUCUCUGUGCUCUUCAACACCAAGUGGCACAAAGUGAUGAUUGGCGUGGAGCACGAGCAGGUCACGCUUUACGUGGAUUGCCAGCCUGUGGAUCGGAAGCCCAUCAAGGGCAAAGGUCCCAUCAACACAGAGGGAGACACUCUCAUUGGCAGGCUGGACACUGAUCCCGACGCCUCCGUGGUGUUUGAACUCCAGUGGAUGUUGAUUCACUGCGACCCGAAGAGGGCCCAGAGAGAGAGCUGCAACGAGCUGCCUGCCACCGAGAUGUAUGCCAAUGCUGAGCCUGACAAAUCAGUCCCAGGCCCCCCAGGACAACCUGGCCCAGAGGGCCCUCGAGGGCCCCCAGGAGAAAACGGCAGAGAUGGAAGAGAUGGUCUUCCAGGUUCUUCUGGCAGUCCCGGUGCUCCUGGCAGCAAAGGGGAGCAGGGCGAGAUCGGUCUUCCUGGACAGCGAGGCCUGCCUGGCCAUCCAGGAGCAAGUGGUCCUUCUGGUCCAAUGGGUCCCAGAGGGCCUGUCGGUGAGAGAGGACUCCCUGGCUUUCCUGGACCUCCAGGUGCUCCUGGCCCAGCAAGUGAAGGACCCCCUGGACCACCAGGAAAACCAGGAACCCCAGGAGAUGAAGGAAACAUCGGGCCUGAGGGUCCACCUGGACCCAGAGGGACAGCUGGCAUCGCAGGUCCUCCUGGCCCUCCUGGUCCUCCAGGGCCUGUGGGACCGCCCGGUGCCAGCAAUGAGGGAAGCGGGGAAGCUUGUCCUGCCGCCUGUCCUGCUGGACCACAGGGACUGGCUGGGCUGCCAGGGAUGAAGGGACACGCAGGUUUGCCCGGUGAGCCUGGAAAAGAUGGAAUAUCUGGAGAGAAGGGAGACACCGGAGAGCAGGGUCCUCAGGGGCCACCAGGUCGCAUGGGAGAUGAUGGGCAAAGGGGUCCCAUUGGAUUCCCUGGAACCACAGGAGAAAAGGGAGACAGAGGUCUGCCUGGUUUUAAUGGCGUCCCAGGACCCACCGGUCCUCCUGGAGCUCCUUUUCUUCUCUCAGGGUGUGGAGGGAGUCGUGGACGUCAGGGUUUGGAGGGUGCGAAGGGCGAUGAAGGAGCUGUGGGACCUCCAGGAGAGCAGGGUCCUGCCGGGGAAAAAGGAGAUGUUGGAGAGCCUGGGAAAGAUGGCAUGGAUGGACUUCCUGGAGCUGAUGGAGCAAAGGGAGAACCUGGCGCUUCUGGAGCCUCUGGUGUCAGGGUUGUGGGUAUUCCAGGGCUUCCUGGGAAGCAGGGAGUAGUUGGACCCGCUGGUAUAAAGGGUGAUACUGGUGCAGAAGGACCCAUGGGGCCAGUUGGACUUCCUGGAAAGACUGGCGAACCUGGAAAGGAUGGACAAGAUGGGAAACAAGGAGAAAAAGGAGCAACUGGUGAAACAGGAAAACAAGGACCAGUGGGGCCUGCAGGUCCUCCAGGCAUCCAAGGUGACAAAGGAGAUAAAGGUAGCACUGGUGCCAAAGGCAUGAAGGGUCAUACUGGACACAAAGGUGAUCAGGGACCUAUGGGACCAAUGGGACCAAAAGGAAGUCAGGGGGACACGGGUAUGGCAGGAGAUCUUGGCGUCAAGGGAGACCAGGGCCCUCCUGGAGUCACUGGAAACAAAGGAGAGCCUGGAGAGAAGGGCUCACGGGGAGCUACAGGGGAAGCAGGUAGACCAGGUCAGCCAGGCCACGAGGGUUUGGCCGGUCCAAUUGGAGCUCGAGGGCUGGAGGGAGAACCAGGCCUUCCUGGAGCACCAGGUCCAAGAGGUCUCCCUGGCCCAAAAGUGACUGAUGAGAAGCUUCGGGAAAUGUGCUCAGCCGUUGUUGAAGAACAAUUAGCAGAGUUCAUGAAAGAUUUUCUAAAGAAGCCAGCAGCCAUCGGUGCCCCUGGUACUCCAGGACCAGCAGGACCUCCAGGACCCCCAGGACCAGCUGGAGCAGCAGGUUCAGCAGGGGCACCGGGGCAAGCAGGUCCCAAAGGCCAUCCAGGCUUCUUUGGGCUUCCAGGUGCACCAGGCAAGAAAGGUGAUGCUGGGGAAAAAGGAGAAAAGGGAGACAAGGGAGAGGACGGUGUAGGAAUCAAAGGAAGCCCAGGAGCACCAGGUGCAGCAGGUGCACCAGGCCCCCCUGGCAUUGGCAAAGAUGGCAAAGAUGGAGCACGUGGUGACACAGGAAGUCCUGGUGUCCCGGGAGCGGCCGGUCCGAGGGGACCUUCUGGGCCUCCCGGACUCUGUGAUCCAUCAACCUGUACAGGCAGACUUCCACCUUUCUACAUGGUCAGUGGAAAGAAGUCCGCCAGUUACAAAAACCCAUGA